GGGGGGGCGAGAGGGGGGCCGCGGAGGGGCCGCCCCGCUGGUGCCAGCGGUGGGUGACUCCCCGGGACGUGUCCCCGGGGCGGGGGGCUGAGGGCUGGCUGGGGACCCCCAGCACCCCCCCGUCCAUCUGCCGCCCUCCCCGCUGACGCCCCCCCGAGCUGGGGCCACGGGGCGGGGGGCUGCGGUGGGGGCUCCCCGCUUGAACCCCCCCCGGGGACCCUCGCUGUUUCUCCCACCCACCCACCCACCCGCAGCGGCCCAGCCCCGCCGAGCACCGGACCCGCACCGGACCCGCACCGGACCCGUGCCAUGAGGGAGAGCUUCGACGCCCUGCACGCCCUGGGUUCCCCCAUGGCCAAGCCGGAGCCGGUCCCGCUGGCAGAGCGGGCGGAGGAGAUGGAGGCACCGGGCUGCGCCGGCUCAGCACGGCUGGUAGUCCCCAAGGCGGAGGCAAUCCCCGAGGGCGACGGAGAGGAGCCGGGGGCUGCAGGGGAGCUGGGGGGCCUGGAGCACAGCUGCUCAGAGGACUGGCUGGUGAGGAAGGUGAAGGUGGAGGAGGAGUAUGAGGAGUGGCCGGCCGGCCCCGGCACCGAAGCCCUGCUGGCGGGGCAGCCGCCGGCCGGCGCCUUCCUCCAUGCCGCCGGCGUGCCGGGCUGCACGGGCGCCUGCAAGCCAGAGCAGCCGUGCCCGGAGGAGCUGGGUUACGGCGGGCUGCCCGCCUUCGCCCUGCCGCCCUGGCCGCUGCUGGGCCAGAGCCCGGCCGGCGCCGGCGCCGACGGCUGCGAGCGCUGCUUCCAGGCGCGGCUCAGCCUGCGGCUGCCGGCGGGCGAGGGCGAGCCCCAGCCCUGCGGGGGCUGCGGGACCCCGGCCCCCCCGCGCCCCUUUGCCUGCGCCCAGUGCGGGAAGGGCUUCGGGAAGAAGGCGCACCUGACCCGGCACCUGCGGGUGCACACGGGCGAGCGGCCCUUCCCCUGCAGCCAGUGCGGCCGCUGCUUCCGCCAGAAGAUCCACCUGCGGUCCCACCAGAAGACGCACACGGGCGAGCGGCCCUUCCCCUGCCCCGAGUGCGGCCGCCGCUUCCGCAAGAAAACCCACCUGGUACGGCACCAGCGUACCCACACCGGCGAGCGGCCCUUCCCCUGCGCCCGCUGCGGUCGCUGCUUCGCCCACAAGCAGCAUCUCCUCCGGCACCAGCAGCUGCACGCGGAGCCGGCGCCGGGGGACGGGGACGGGGGGGUCCCUGCCGAGCAGAAGCCCUUCCCCUGCCCCGAGUGCGGGAAGAGCUUCAGCUGGAAGAAGAACCUGGCGUCCCACCGCCGGCUGCACCGGGAGGGACGGCCCUUCGCCUGCGCCGAGUGCGGCCGCGGCUUCAGCGACAAGCGGCACCUGACGGCGCAUCUGCGGGGGCACAUGGGGCUGAAGCCCUACGCCUGCCCCCACUGCGAGAAGACCUUCAGCCACAAGCCCAACCUGACCACGCACCAGCGCACCCACACCGGCGAGCGGCCCUUCGCCUGCCCCCACUGCGCCCGCGGCUUCGCCCACAACCAGCACCUCCUGCGGCACCUGCGGGUGCACACCGGCGAGCGCCCCUUCGCCUGCCCCCAGUGCGGCCGCUGCUUCAGCUCCCGGCCCAACCUCAUCGCCCACGCCAAGGCGCACGCCGGCGCCCGGCCCUUCGCCUGCGAGCAGUGCGGCCGGGGCUUCAGCCGAAAGUCCCACCUGGCCCGGCACCAGGCGGUGCACACCGGCACCCGGCCCCACGCCUGCGCCCAGUGCAGCAAGCGCUUCAGCUCCAAGACCAACCUGGCGCGGCACCAGGCGGUGCACACCGGCCACCGGCCCUACAUCUGCACCCAGUGCGGCAAGAGCUUCAGCCGCAAAACGCAUCUGCUGCGCCACGAGCGCACCCACGCCACUGCCAGCACCGCCACCGCCGCGCCCCGGCAGAGCUGGCCGGCCCCCGCCGCCCCGGCCCCUGCCGCCCUCUGCCCCUGAGCGCCGGGGGCUGAGCGCCGGGACGUGCCCGUGUCCUCGGCACCCUUCCCCCGGGCCGGGGACCCUCCCUCGGGGCUCGCUGCCGGCUCCUGCCUGCGGAUACCAGCCCUGCCCGCGGCCACUCGGCCAGGCAGGGUCCUCCCGCUGCCGGUCAGCUCCAGCGCCGUUCUCCCGCGGCACAUGGCACGGAGAGCGGCUUCCAGGGGUGCGGGAGGCGACGUGGCCAGUGGAAAAACCUCGGCUCUGAAAUGGUCUUAAAAACCUCAGAGCGAGGGCUGGCCCGCGCCAAGCUCUGUGCCAGGGCCGCUGUGGGAGGUGUCGGGGGUUCCGGGGGAGCCCCAUCCCAUCCCCGGGGGGGGGGGGGGUCUCCGCACCAUGGUGCUAGUCGGCAGGGCUGCGCGUGGGGUACUGCAGGGCACAGGGGCACCGACCCGCCCGGGGGGGGGCUCCGCCGCGGUCGGAACAAACCAAAACUGCCAAUAAACUGACUUUUGUUCAAUUUU